AGCUCAUGUUAACUAUAUACUUUGUUUCAGGUGAUAAGCCCCACUCCUGUCAGCUGUGCAACAAAAAAUUCGCACUGGCUUGCAAUCUGAGGGCUCACAUGAAAACGCACGAAGGAGAUCCUCAAGAAGAGUGUAUCAGAUGCAGAAAACCGUUUCUCAGUGGACCAACAAAAGACGAUUUUUGCACCAAAUGCAAAACUAUCAACAUCAAUAACAACAACAAUACCCAACUGGACUCAACAGCUGAAGACUCAAGUGGAAAUCAUACAGAAGAAGAUAGCAUAACACAGGGAUCUUUAGGUUAACUAAUCGUUAGGUUAACUAUUCAGAUUCAGUGAUGUAUAUAUUUGUACAUAGUAUAGGCUUAGAUAUUUUGCUCAGCUUAAGUAUUAAAAGUAGAAUAGCAUAACAUUUUUUAGUUAUGUGCAUUGAUUCAAAUAUGAAUCAGAUCUUUCAAUUCCUUUCAGCUUUGGAGAUAGGCGGACAGGUUAAAAGGUAGGUUAAAACUAUUAUACAACAUCAUCUUAAUAAGCUACUUUUCAUUUUUGCUUCAAAAUAGGUAAGUGAAUAUAAAAUUGCCUCUUAGUGUCACAACUGUAUAAUGACAUAGAGUAGGUG